AUGGUCUCCAGUCCAAUUGUGCCGAGGUCCAAGACAGAGAAAGAUAAGCAUGGUGUCACGGUUGAUGAAACUUACUACAAACAGCUUGUAGGAAGUUUGAUGUACCUAACUUCUACACGGCCUGAUCUGAUGUUAGUUACAAGUCUACUAAGCAAAUAUAUGGCAAAACCCACUGAACUUCACUUGCAAGCUGCCAAAAGAGUCCUCAGGUAUCUAAAAGGCAUAGUAGACUAUGACAUUUACUACAAGAAUGGUGGUGAUGACAAGCUAAUGGCAUUCACUGACAGUGGUUAUGCCGGAGACAUGGAGGACAGUAAGAGUACGAGCGGAUAUGGUUUUCUAAUAAGCUCAGGAGCCAUCUCAUGGAGUUCAAAGAAACAACCAAUUGUGACUCUGUUAACGAUUGAGGCAGAGUUUGUUGCAGCAGCAAACUGUGCGUGCCAAUCAAUCUGGUUGAAGAGGAUACUGAAGGAGCUCGGGCAUGAAGAGGAGGACUGUACCUGCAUCAAAUGUGACAACACGUCCACCAUCAAGCUUUCAAAGAACCCAGUGUUACAUGGACGCAACAAGCACAUAUGUGUGAGGUACCAUUUUCUUAGAGAUCUCACAAAGGAAGGUUCAAUUGCUUUAGUUCAUUGUGGAAGUACUGAACAAGUAGCUGACAUAAUGACUAAACCCCUAAAGUCUGAUACUUUUCUUAAACUUAGAAGCAUGCUGGGAAUGUGUGAAGUCAGUGAAGUAAGCUAA